AUGGCCUUCUAUCAUCGCCGCCCACAUCAGCAGCAGCAGCCCAAUGCUUCUUCCCCUGCUGCCGGUCCGUCAUCCUCGGCUGUCUCGUCCUCCAACGCCACCGCUGUUGCAGCUCCUCCUAUACCUCCUCUCCCGACCGAAGUGCCGCCACCCAUCCCGACACGAACCCGCUUUAACUCGACCGCCGGACCCCCUCCCUCGUCGCGCCAUCACCGCCAUCGCUCGUCCGCCGUCGGUGGUUCCAGAGGAACCAACGGCCUUCCCCCCGCGAGUCCCGAGGUAAUAUCCAAUCUAAUCACAAGUCUAAGCGGCAUCUCCAAACCCGCCGACGAUUAUUUCGAGGGAAAGCAGACUUCGAACUCGGCCUCGUCGUCGCGACUAGCUGCACCGCCUGUCGUCAUCCCCACGUCCAGGUCCAACCCAAACCCUGCUGCCAGCUUGAACCCCUCGCCUAGCGGCAGCUUCGGCGUCGACUACGGUGCUUACUCCAGACCCUCGCCAAACGGGAGCCCUCCCGAGUCGCUCGACGACAUCGCCGCCUCGGCCCCCGUCGUCCGUACAUCCAAACCCACGAGCGGAUACUCGCCCCUGAGCCCGCCCAAGACACCCCGGAGCCGGAGCAGGUCCAGCCGCGACGUCUCGGCGGGUCUGCGCUCGCUGUUACGGAGCAGCAGCAGCGCCCCGGCCUCGCGCCCCUGCUCCUCGACCAACUCGGCACGAGAUGACGAUGCCCACAGCAUAGGGAACCUCUCGAUAGAACGCCGGUCUACCGCCGCCUCGGCCUCGGCCGCUGUCACUCCCGACCAGCCCCUCAGGGGCCGCCGCUCCCAGGACAGCUGGGGCAGAAGGACCAGCAGUCGCAGCUACAAGGGCCUGAUGUACAUGACGUCCAGGGAACGCCUGCGCGACAACGAGGAGCGCAAAGUCACCAGCAGCUCUGCCAGCCUCGGCGCCGCCAGCGUCCACAGCGGCUGCGGCAAGGCCGACCCUUUCCUCGCCGAGUCAGCCAUCAGCGAGGAACCCAGUGCCAGCGACGCACCCUCCAUGGCUGCUAAGGAGGCUGCGGUCAGUCCCCGGCCCAUUCCCAACCGCGAAUCCAGCCUCUCCAAGUCAGCGCAGAACAGCGGAAAGCGUUCCAGCGGCCGCCGCUCAUAUACCAGGGAAAGAGAUGGCACGACCGAGCAGCCGACCGAGUCUGAAGGUCGGAAGCCCCGUGCCGCCAAGAAGGUCCCCGCAAGACUGGACCUCGACAACCCGACCAAGGGAAAGGGCGGCGAAAAUGGCGCCCAGCUUAACACGCCGAAUACGCAACGUUUCCUCGAGACCAUCCGUGACGAUUACCUCGCUUUCGAUGCCCACACCCCCGAAGCCGAGAACGAAGCCGACGAAGGCGCCCCCUUCCCCGCCGUGUCCCAAAACCGCCGAAGAUCGACCCAAAGUGUCGAUCGCAACGGCCGUCAGCGAUCCGCCGCCGCGACGCCCCAGGACGAAAAUGUCUGGCCUAUGCGCAGUAGCUCCCGCAUCAAGCGACUCUCCCAACCCGGCAGCCCGACAGCGGCAAACGAUGGGCCCGCAUCCCAUAUCUCGCAGGACCUCGGCGCCAGGGAACCCGAGAAUUUUGUGGGCGGUGCCCCCCUGGAGCGCCUCGACUCAGCUGACUCGAUUGAUGAUGCCGUGGAUGCGUACCUGUCGGCGCCGCGCCUGUCGCACAAGAUCCGCCAUCCCCAGACGGGCAGGAUUAUCUGCUUCUCCGAGGUGGGCGAUCCCGAUGGGUCAGCCGUCUUUUGCUGCGUCGGCAUGGGCCUGACGCGCUACAUCACAGCCUUCUACGAUGAGCUGGCUUUGACUCUCAAGCUGCGUCUCAUCACGCCCGACCGUCCUGGAGUGGGUGACAGUGAACCCUACCCGGACGGGACCACAACGCCGCUCAACUGGCCUGAUGACGUGUAUGCUAUCUGCCAGGCUCUCAAGGUAACAAAAUUCUCUAUCCUCGCCCACUCGGCCGGCGCCAUUUACGCAUUAGCCACGGCUCUACGUAUGCCCCAGCACAUCCGGGGCAGGAUACACUUGCUCGCGCCGUGGAUCCCUCCCUCACAGAUGAGCGUUUUCGGCGGGGCGCACGACUCAGCACCCGCGCACAGCAUCCCGACCUCUCAGCGGAUCCUGCGUGCCCUGCCGACGCCUGUCCUCAAGGUGGCCAACAGCAGCUUCAUGUCGGCGACAAGCACGUCUAUCACGACGUCGCUACCGAAGAACUCGAGGCGUUCCAAGAGGAAAUCAGCACAGAGCAAGGAAGCAAGCGCCAGGAACAUCACACCUGCCGUGUUGGAUAAGGAGAACAUUGGUCAGACGGGAGAUCAAAAGAAGGCUGCCUCGGCUACCACAGGCCACAGCGGAGGCGCGGGCCUGGGAAACCAGGGUUCGUCACAUAACAACAUCUCCAACGGCAACGCCUGGACGACAACGACCAUCACGGGUGGCAAUGCCGCUAAUGGCCCGAUAGAUAACAUACUGGAUGCCGUGGCCGAGGCCGAGGCGGAGCAGGAGAGGCAGAUGACGUACGACAUGCGGCUGACGCACGCCAUAUGGGACCUUGCGACGACUGGGGCCAAUCCGGCCGUGGACCUGCUCAUUUGCCUAGAGAGGCGGCACACGAUUGGCUUCCGAUACGUCGACAUCAACCGGGCCGUCAUUAUCCACCACGGCAGCCGGGAUACGCGAGUCCCCGUCGAUAAUGUGCGGUGGCUAGGCAAGACUAUGCGCCGGUGCGAGGUGCGCGUGCUGGAGGGCGAGGGACACGGGCUCAUGGCCAGCGCAAGCGUCAUGGGCAACGUCCUCAUGGAGAUUAGCAAGGAGUGGGAGGACUGGAUGAGGGCCACGGGGGCUGAUGGCCGUGGCAAGGAGAGGGAGUCGAGGUCCAGGAGGGGCACGAUUCACCGGUGA